CAAACGCAGCAACACUGUGACAGCUUCGUUCGACGAGGCUCAAGUAAAUAACAUUGCAAUCCAGAAAAGCGGCUACAAAUUAAGAAGACUUAAUAUUGUGAGGUGUUGGUUUGGUGCCACUUCCGACGGUCAUAAUGUCGGAAGACUUUGAUAUAUAUGCGGACCUCGACCACAUCGAGAAGGAGGCUCGACAGGAGAGUCUUGAGCUUCUGACUCUACGACAACAUAUAAAAGAACUCGAAGAAAGAGUGCAAGCGGCAGAACAAGAGAAAACAGACAUCGUUAGGAAGAAUAAAAUAUUGCUUGAAAAUGUGUCAUCGCUGCUUCUGACUGCCAAAGCUGAGAUCCAACGGAAGGAUGCAACGAUUAGUGAGUUAAGAAAACAGUGCGAUGAUGCCGUGUUUCGGCGAAAAUUUCAUACUGCCAAAAGUGCUCACUGUGAAACGAGGUUCACUCAAACACCGCCAACACUCUCCGUUGAAUGCUGCGAGCGUUUGCAAAGCGAAUGUAUUAUUGAUGACGGUAGAGACUCGAGCCGCAACCGGGAUCGUGAGCAUGAUCGGGUGCGCACAAGCAAAGCUGUUCCCGAACGGGAUCGGAGCCACGGUCGAGAUAGAACGAGCGAUAGAGAAAAAGAGCGACACCGGGACCAGGAUCGAUAUCGCGACCGUGAUCAGGACAGAAAUCGUCAUCGUGAUCGUGACCGAUGCCACGAUGGUGACAGAGAGCGUGAUCGCGAAAGGUACCGUGAGCGGCAUCGCAAAAGCCUCUAUGACCGUCACCACAGUCCCAAGGAACGGCGUAGCAGCGAGCGAAGUCGUUUUAAAGAAACGCAUAGCGAGCGAAGCCGUGAGACUAAAGAGCUAAGUCCCCACGAAGGUCGUACGCGGGAUAAGGAACGAAGAUCUUGUGAGAAGCCCGCGUCUUACCGUCAUGGACGAAUUGAAGAUGACGAUCGCUAUAGGAGCAAUCCUAGACUUUCUGAUGUUAAACAAGGUUGUCUGGAUAUUGACCGCCGAACACCAGAAUUUCAUGAUGGUAUAAAGCAUGACAAGCUGACAAAUGCAGGUUUAAAUCAUGCAGCUGAACAUAUGCAAGGGAAAAGCACAGAUAUCAAACUGCAAGAGAUUGCUUCGAACGAAGUGGAGCAACCGAGCACAUCAAAAGCACCAUUUCGCCGGAUCUCUACCGAUCACAACAAAUCAACGUUAACAGUGGAUACUAACAGUAAGGCAAGUGACAUUCAAGUAUCGGAUGAUUGUAGGAAGCAACCUAGUGAAGGCGCUAAUUCAACUGCUAAUACCAAUAAGCUCGAUAAAACGAAAGUUAAGCACAACAAAUCAUCGAAAAGAAAAUCAAAAUUUGAACCUGCCGACGAUGUGCAGAGCGGUGCUGGUAAGGAAGAGCAACGAAAUGAGCUUUGCCAGCUUAAACCAACAACAAACGAGCAAAAUACAACAACACUAACCUGUGAACGCAAAGUGGAUAGGUCGAAAUCUUCCCAGGAUGACACAAUUCCUAAGCACUGUAUGGAUAAGGGUCAUCAGCCACAAGAAUCGACAUCUUCGACAGCAAACAAACACGCAGAGCCAACCGCUCUUAUUUCAGCUACAGAUACAUUAGUUGGAAGCAAAACUGAUCGGCGAAGUUCAGCAAAGGAGAGUGACGACCUUGUUCUAAAAUCUACGAGCUUGGAUAAAGCUAGUAGCUCCAGUGCAGAGGCUAGUGCUGAAGAUGUAUGUAGCACGCUAGUCGAUCUGAAACGCGACAAAGGUGAAGCGAGGAGUAGCAAGGAUAUUCAUUUAAAUGCUGAAACCAAUCACGGUCAAGAUGACAAUAUCAACGCGUUGGAUGACAGGAAAGCCAAGCACAACAAAUCAUCGAGAAGAAAAUCAAAAUUUGAACCUGCCGACGAUGUGCAGAGCAGCGGUGCUGGUAAGGAAGAGCAACAAAAUGAGCUUUGCCAACGUAAACCAACAACAAACGAGCAAAAUCCAACAAAGGUGCACAGUUCAGAAACUUCACAGCAUGCCACGAUUCCAAAAAAAGCUACGAAUGAGGCUCAUGGAAUCCACCUGAAUCAACCACAAACAUCACCAUUCUCGACAGUAAUCAAGCAAGCAGACCCAACAACCCUUAAUGCAUUAGCUGGAAGCAAAACUGAUCGGCGUAGUUCAGGUAAGGAGAGUGACGACCAUGUUCUAAAAUCUAUGAGCUUCGAUGCAAGCCGUAUUAGUCCUGGUGCAGGGGUUGGUGGUGCUGGCAAUGCAAGCAGCAUUCUUGCCGCAAAUAAUGCACCAAAACCGGCAUUUUCGGUAGCAACCAAAAAAGGAGAUCCGGCACAUGAAGCAAUCGUUCGUAAUGAAAUACGCCGUAAGGAUAAUCUACAGACGGACGGUGUGUUACUACCAUCAGUUUCUAAUGAAACAUCCCGUGCGAACAGUACGUCAAUGAUAAAAGAUAAUGAUGGUGCUGCGGCUACAGACUCCAAGCUGCAGCAGCCAUCAUCAAUUUCUGAAGCAACUUCGUUAAGUGAAAGCAGUUCGCAUUGCCUGAACUUGUGCGAUAAACGUUCUAACAGCUAUUCUGCCGUACGGGCGAGCAGCGGGAAACAAUCACCGAAAUCUUUGAAAAUGUCAAUUCAAACCUACUUUAUGAGUUUUAAUGAGCGGGUCGACAUGGAUGAAACGAGCUCCUGUGCGGCAUUGAACGAAUCGGUAGAAUUGAGCGUAGCUGCCGAGGUUGAAAUUGAAACCAGUAAACCGAAAGAGAGUACGGGCGAGGCGAGCAAGAAACCUAAAGUAUCCACUGCAGAGGCCGUCCGUGAAAGAUUGGAAAGGAAGAGGGUCUGUACCAAUGUACAAAAAGCAGCACUGCCCAGCGUAUUACCGAUGGUUAGCAUUUAUCCCAAGAGAAAAUUGUCUAUCGAUAGCGUGGCAAGCGUAGCGGACAAGAGGCAAAAGUUAGAAACUGCAGCACUGGCGGUUGAGACUAAGCCAUCCUGCGAGACAUCUCCUAAACUUUCAUCAACGUACUUUUCACCAAUUACUUUGUCGAUAACUUCUGCCCUUGACAGUAUUCCGAGUAAGUUAAAGUCCCCGGACGUUAAACACAGUGUUUGGGAUAGUACGCUCAUGACACCGAUGGUAGUAGUACACUCGCCGGCCAAGCCAUCGCAGGACACAAGCAGCCAACAUGUGCCGAAUUAUUACUCCUCCGGUCCUUCGGACUCAUCGAUACAAACUAUUAUGGAAUCACUGUUUCUAACGCCCAUUAAGAAUGAAGCGCCGGACAGCGUAUCACCCCCGAGCAUGGCGGCUGUGCGGAACAGCGAUGAUGGGAACCCCCCACAAAGCUUAACAGCAACAAAUAACGGACUGGGUGAAAUAAGCUCAACUCCGCUAAGCAGUAAACCAUUGGCACGUUUUUGUCCCGAUGAUGAUCAUACCACUUAUCGUGUUUUGCACAAGGUAACUGCAAGGCAAGCAGACGAAACGAACAGCACGAUAGCAAGAUUAGAAGGGAAAGGGUCCAAUGAUCCAGCAAGCGCAGGACCACGAGGGAACGUACCGAAAUCAGCUGGGACACGAAAACCGGCGCUUCAGAAAUCCUCCAAGCAUGCACAAUUAAGGUCAGACAAACAUUCAGAGCACAGGGUCAGAGCCGCAAGUCAUUCAGAUCUGAAGAAACCGUUGCAAAGUCUAGGGAAAAGGCUACAUACUUCACCGAGAAACCGAUGUGCUAGAAGCCAGCGUAAUGAGAAUAACAACUACCACCCAUCAACCGUUAUGCGAACGGAUAAGACGCCGAACGUUGUACCAAAUAGUGUUUGUGAUAAAAAAUCUGAAAAUGAUACCGUUCCCGUACAGCAGCAGCCAAACGAUGCUUCUAGCUCCGCAAGCAUUUCAAAAAUGUUGGCAGCGACCGAAGUCGUUAACUCUGCGUUAGUGUAUAAUCAUCAUCAGCCCAACGAAAAGGUAAAACCGUUCAAACAAUCAAGCACCCAGCAGCGUCAGAAGUCGGUGACAAAUGUUGAGCCAGUUGAAAAAUCGAACAGGUGGAGAAAUGCCCCAAGUUCUGGUAAAUGCUUAACGGAAGAGCUGCCGAGCGUUUCCGCGCCAUCAGCAAGCAAUUCCACCACGGUAAUUCCUAGCAAAACUUCAGACGAAAUCAGGCCUACGCAAAACCCAGCCACCACACGUAAACGGUCUCGAAAGCAGAUGAACGCGGAUGAUGAGAAACGGCAUGGUCCAACUAAAAAUCAAUCGGUUGAAUCAUAUUCGAAACAAAUGAAAGGUGGUAAAAAAGUAUUGUGUGAUAAUGAAAAUACGCAACCGGUGGCUAUACGCAAUUGUGAAGAACCGAUACCGCAAAAAACUGAUCCACCGCGUUUGGCACCAACAUCGAAGUUAGCACCGGUCAUUGACGAACAGAAUGUGGAGAGGCUAAAUCCGCAACCCUUAUCGGCCCAACCAGUGGAGCGCAACUGUGCAGAGUCCGUACCGUGUUCCUCGAGAAGCAUCGAAGAACCGCCAAAAGCUGACCUCCAGCGUAUGGUAGACACGUCGAUCGUAGUACCGUGCAAUAGAGAAAAUAAUAUGGAAAGGCUUAGUCCGCAAACUAAUGCGGAACAGUUACCAGCGACAGCGAAUACCGCCCCUGCAGCGGAUGCUCAAGUUCGGGGCAAAGGUGAAGUAACUUCGACAUGCGUAGUAAGCAAUGUUACCCUUAAUCUGUCCCUGGCCGAUAACACGUCAAACAUUCACAGCAACGUUCGGAAAAGUGCAGCUCCUCCGGUGCAACAUUUACGAGAAAUGCGAAUAGUGAAGGAAAGCCCAUCGUUGAUGCGAAUUUUUAUAGUGCGCAAAUAACAUUUGUUUAUAUUACGAAUGGAAUUUAACCGUCGCAAAAUAGGCGACCAAAUGCAAACUUUACGUUUUUUCGGAGUUUUGUUUCGUUUUGGUUACAUACUCGUUAAAAGUGCGGCAAAAAUAAAACAUAUACCACGUUAAUUUGUGUUUCAAAAUAACAAA